AUGCCGCACGCGAUCGAGGAUGAGACCAUGGGCGACUCUUUCAAUGAGGCGGAUGACAUCGCCCGCUUUCUAGGCGGUGGCCUUGGAAUGGGUGAUGCAGCAGGACAGGAUCAGGAGUUCGACCAGGCUGGCAAAGCCGACGAUGCGGUCGACUAUGAAGACAUCAGCGACGAUGACGACUUACCAGACGAGGAGGAAGCUACGCAUUGCGAGGACGGCCAGGAGGAAGACGGGCUCGGCCAGGAAAUCUCAGAUGGCCUGUUUGCGGAAGGCGACGAGAGUAACGAUCUCUUCGGCGAGCGCUUCUCUUCCCCAGAAGAAGAGCGACAUCCUCAACAUGCGCCUCCACAGCAGCGGCCUGGUGCGCUAGCACUGCCCUCGAAGUCCAGUCUCGCGCUUCCCACACUUUCAAACGCUUACAGCCAACCCCAGCGUCGAAGCUCGCAACCUGGAUCGACGUCGAUGAGCCCGCCUUCCUUCCAGGAUCCUGACUACUCUGCUAUGUCACCCACGAGCAUGACCGAGGACGACGAGGACGAUCUCGAUCCUCAGGUGGCCCUUCAGCGUCGCCUUUUCAAGGCAUCGGCGGCGAGGGCGAAGGGUGAAGACGUGGUUAAUGGCGCCGUGGACACUGACAUGGCACUUUUCCAUCACCUUUACCCCGGCUAUGAACGUUAUUACGCACCACGAUUUACCGAGCUGUUUCCUCCGCGCAACGUGGAGUACAAAGGGAAGGCACCGCUCAAGCCUCCCAAAGUUGUGCUCCCCACAAAGCUCUCGCUUGACCUUCUUCAGGACCAGGAGCGCAGCUUUAAAGCUCUAGCUGCUAACAACAAGGCUGGUCAGGACAGCACAUUCAAGAACAGCUUCGUGUUCCUUGGCAGUGGGAAUACCGCUCAAGAAGAAAGUGAUGAAGAUCUUGCCGAAAGCGAUUUUGAUGAGCAUGAAAUGGUUGGCGGGGUUUCCAUGCAUGACCUUGCACUCAUCUGCCAGGAUUGGGACAUUCCGAGCAUCACUUCUGACUUGCUGGAGCCUCAGGAUGCUGGUUCUGAGGAAGACUAUGAUACGCUUGAGCAGGCUCGGCCAGCUAAGAAGCGUAAGACUGACAUACUGAAUACUGAAGUGCCAAUGUCUCUGCGCGACUUCGAUUUGUCUUUCGAAGACCCAGAGCAUACAGCUGCCAAGCUGGCAAAAUCUGUGGCUUUGGACUUGAACGACCCACAUCUGCUCAUCGACGAACAUGCACCUCGGCAGAAGAAGAAGCUGAAACGCAUGCCUGGUGAACUCAAGCGAGACAGCGCUCUCAGCAGAGACAUUGCCAAGCGCUAUAACAUCAGCAACGAUGAGGCCUACGAUCUGCUAAAGGAGAAUCAUCAGCACAAGGUCCGCAGCACACUCGGCAGCAUGGCUGUUGAGCACAGCUUUCCAGCAGUCAAGCUUCAAUAUCCGUUCUAUCGAGUGGCUCUUGACAACAAGGCAAAGCGUGCCUUCCAUCGACCAUCCUUGGCGCUCACGAAGAAGCUCAAUACAGACUUCCGUUUCACGAAGCCUAAACACAUCAAGAAGAAGAACGUGCGUGGCAAGGAAGCCAAGGAAGUCUUUGCGAAAGCUGAAGACCUGUCACUGGGUGAUUCGGCGUCGAUUUUGCUCCUUGAAUACUCUGAAGAAGCUCCGAUGACCUUGUCUAAUUUUGGCAUGGGCAACCGCUUCAUAAACUACUACCGAAAACUCGAUGCUGAUGAUCAGACCCGCCCCAAGGAACCUAUCGGCGAAGCUCAGGUCCUCCUCCCGCAAGACAAGAGCCCUUUCGCCAACUUCGGACAUGUUGACAAAGGAGAGACUGUACCUACUAUUCAGAAUGGGCUCUAUCGUGCCCCUGUCUUCUCGCACAAGCCUAAGCCAACUGACUUCAUCAUUGGCAUUAGCUCAACUUAUGAAAGAGGUGACACACUCUACUUACGAAACGUGGAAAACUUGCACACCGUCGGCCAGCAGUUUCCGCUUGCAGAAGUGCCGGGCCAACACUCUCGCAAGGUUACCGACGCUGCGAAGAAGCGGCUGCGUGCUCUCUCGUACCGCAUCUAUGCCAAGAGCCAGACUCGCAAGGACAAGGUGUUGGACAAUGCCACGCUCAUGCCUCAUCUUCCAGGCCAUGAUAUGCCGCAGACCCGCAGCAAGAUGCGAGAAUUCAUGAAAUAUGAGCGUGCUCCCGGACGUAGUGAGGGUACCACUGGCACUUGGGUGCCUCAGCCUGGUCAUCCCGUGCCGGACGCCGACACUUUACGAAGCUGGAUUCGACCAGAAGAUGUGUGCCUGCUUGACGCCAUGCAAGUUGGUGUACAACAUCUCGCCGAUAUAGGCAUCACAGAGAGCAAGGAUGGUGAUGGUGAAGGUGACAUCGAGGAAGGCGCAAACAUCGAGCUGCAGCUGGCGCCGUGGCGUGCUACCAAGAACUUUCUCAACGCAUGUCAGGGCAAAGCCAUGCUUACCCUUCACGGAGACGGCGAUCCAACCGGCCAUGGCCUCGGUUUCAGUUUCGUGAAGACAUCAAUGAAAGGUGGCUUCCAAGCUCAGGGCGAGAGCGCAUCGGACAAGAUGGAUGCGAAGAAGCGCAAGGAUAACGGUGGUCAUUCGUACAAUGUCGCAAAGCAGCAGAAGCAAUAUGAUGAAUCCAUUCGCCGGAUUUGGGAGCAACAAAAGGAGUCUCUCAGCAACGAACGCGAGCACUCCGACGACGAGAUGGACGACGAGCCGGACCGCAGUGCAGAGUAUAACCAAAGCUACGCGCACACUCCUCGGUCGUCGAUGAGUACGCCCGCCGCUUUCGCCCGUCACGAUGAUGACUCGGUGAGCCAGUUUAGCGGCCAGAGCGCCGGUCGUCCAGUAAAGAAGCUUGUCAUUACUCGCAAAGGAGGAAGGAACGAAAUGGGAGAGCCACUGGACGACUUCGUUGAAGAAAUCACGAAUCCUGCAGUCAUCCGCGAGUACAAGAAGCGAGCUUAUCAGAAGCAAUUUCAAGGCCAAAGUCUUACCUCUUUCGUGCCAACCGGCGAUAAAGACAAGGACAACUUUGCACGCCAGGAGCUUGAGAAAGAACUCGCACGCAUUCAGCGCAAUGCUGAUCGUCGCGAGGCGCGUGACAAGCUCAAGGCUAAGAAUGCAGCUGGCUCUCCUGCCGCUGCCGCUUCACCAGGACGCUCAGACCUUGACGGCCCUGCAUCGACCAUGAACGGCGGAACUGACAUCACGCCGCAGAAGGGCAAAGGCCGCAACAAGGACGGUACCGCUCGAAAAUGCGCCAACUGCGGACAAGUCGGUCAUAUCAAGACUAACCGAAAGCUUUGCCCUCUCUUGAAUGGAACGAUGAAAUCCGAGGAUGCUGGCAUGAAUGGCGAUUCCUCCUUCGGUGCAGUGCCUGCU